AAGACGGUAAUUGCACGUAGCAUGUGCAUGAAUAUUUGUGAAAACAGUGGACAUGCAUAACUGCUAAAUAAUCUGCUAGACAGAAAAGUUAAUUCAGAUCUCAUAAUAUAACUACUGAAGCCAUUGAGGCUUUUUUACAUUCCUUACAUUCCAACGGCCACAUUAACUCUAAACACUCUAAACACAGAAAUGCAAAAGGAUGUUAGUAUCCUGCACUCGGAUCAAUCAGGUCAUCACGUAGAAGGACACACAAAUAUUACUGUCAUUAUAUAUCACGGCAGUCAUCUGCAUCACAUGAUGCAUCUUGCCUCCCGUGACGAGCAGCGUAGCAGGUCAUUCCCCCCGAUCGACAGGAGAAUGGUCACAUGGGGAGUUUGGGGAGAAUGGUAACGACGUCAGCCAUAUGCCAAGGCCUUUUCCCCGAUAAUCACCCUCGAUCCCGACUGAGCAUCCAUGGUGCCAUUUCUGCCAGUGUCUGUGGCAACGCUCACACCCGCCCGCCCCCCUCGGCACAGAGGUGGAGGCCCUGUGGUGAUCUCCUCACAGCGAUGAUGUCAGUAAUGAUUAGCGCUGACAUUUCCCUCUAAGACAUGAGCACAUCAACAUGCUACUACCCCUGCUACAUUUGACCAUAUACCCAUCAGACAACAAAAACACAAACUGAUCCACAAUAACUAAUAUAUACUUAAAACAACUUCCGUUGGAUGGGCUAAAGUAGCCUGUACAUUUUCUUUUCUUUCUUGCAGCUCUCAAAUUAAUUUUCCGCACAGACUGUUUGACCUUUAUACCAGUUUCUCACAGAUGCUGCAAAUGGCAGCGCGUGUGCUCUGGAGAAAUUUGGACAGUUUGUGAUCAAAACCAUGUGUUGUUUACCGAUUCCCACCAAUCCACGGGCUUAUAUACUGUCAGCAGCUCUACUUGCACAGUCAUGGCCCAGUCUUCCACGAAGGGGAGGCUGCAAUGAGCUGCCUCUUCGAUGUGUGUGUUGCCUGUAAGUAUUUAAUAGAUAUAUAGGCAACAGCAGUAGACAACAGUUCACCGUAAGGAUGCUGCAAAGAAGUUCACGGGGUUGCAAAGAAUUUAGAAUAAAACGUGCGCACAAACAAAUUUGACCUCGUCUCACGGGAAUAAAAGUGAAGGGAGGAGGGGAAACACUCUCUCACUGUCCCGCUGUGCCUGUCGUCACUCGGCUCCAGUUCUGUGGACAGAUGGAGAGAUGGAGAGGGGGCGGGGUCUUAUUUCGCGCACACCCAGGCGAGGUGUGAUGGGAGGAACAAGGCAGACUGUCUCCACACUGGAUGAAGAGAUGAGCAGUGGCAGACAUGGACAGACGGGAGGACAAGCCGGACCUGAUUCCACCGCCUCCCGUUUUCUUCCCUUUGACUCUUUGACGUACACGAAUCAGCAUGGAGGUUGACGGGGACACAACUUUACCUACAUCCGCUGACUAUUUGCCGCUGCAGCUCGAAUUGAAUCAGCUGGAUUUGGAUCAUUGAAUGUGCAAAACCUCUGUUGUUUAUUUUUCUCCAGGACAUCUGCAGCGUGAGGACAAAGAGCAUGAUGCUCAGUCCCGACCAUCCCGAGCCCGAGCUGCCCUGGGGACAGACGGACACAGAGCACCUCCUGGACAACGUUCAUGUGCUUGGCGAGGGCAGGGCGUGCUCCGGCCACGUGCCCACCCUCAGCAGGGAGGAGAAGAGGCGGAGGAGGCGCAAGACGGCCAGAUAUCGAUCCGCGCACGCCACCAGGGAGCGGGUCCGCGUGGUGGCCUUCAACGUGGCCUUUGCGGAGCUGAGAAAGCUGCUCCCGACGAUUCCACCCGACAAGAAGUUGUCCAAGAUCGACAUCCUGAGACUCGCAAUUUGUUACAUCUCUUACCUCAACCACGUGCUGGAUGUCUAGGCUAUAGGUGAUCGGCC